AUGGUUGCCGUCUCCUUUCCGGUGGUGAUUCCAGAGGAUAGCCCUUUCGGCCCCUACAACAUACCCUUUGGAAUUUUCAGCACACCACAGGGUGUUGGUCUUGGAACCAAACCACGCGCCGGAGUGGCGCUCGGGGAGUUUGUCAUCGAACUCCAUGAGCUGGCUCAGCACGGAGUAUUCGAUGCGCACCAAAACACCUCAAAGAUCUUGAAACAUGUUUUCCUCGAGCCCUCGCUGAACUCGUUCGCUGCGUUGGAAGCCAGCGAAAGGAGAUGGGUCAGACUGGCAAUCAUCGAGAAUGUCACUAGCGAAAAGUCAGUCCUCUUUACGGAUCCACGCCUGAACAAGAAAGCCUUCGUGUUUGGCCGCGACGCGCAAAUGCACCUACCUAUGGACAUCACCGACUAUACCGACUCGUUUUCAUCUCUCAUUCAUGCCGAGAACUCUCUGAAACCUUUGGGACUUGACCUACCUCCAGCGUUCAAGCUCUAUCCACUUGGAUACAAUGGUCGUCGCUCCUCCAUCUUCCUGUCAGGCCACCAGAUCCAUCGGCCAAGUGGAUUUUUCGUUAAAGAAGGCGAGACACAGCCGGCUUUCCAAAUAUCUAGACAGGUAGACUUUGAGAUCGAGCUUGGAGCCUUUAUUUCGAAGCCGGUCCCCCAUGGAAGGACAAUUGACACGAAGACUGCUGCAGAUCAUAUUUUCGGCUAUGUCCUCCACAACGACUGGUCAGCCAGAGAUAUUCAGCCGUAUGAGAUGCCUCCACUAGGGCCAAUGCAUUCUAAGGGCUUUAUUACGACAAUCUCACCCUGGAUUGUGACUGUCGAUGCGCUGGCAAAUUGUUGUACUGGCCCGCCGACGUCGAACGCAAGCCCGAUCCAUGCAUCGCUCGUUACCGACGAGACGAGUCAUGGUGUGUAUGAUAUUGAGUUUACAGCUUCGGUGGCUCGUUGUGGCAAUAGCCCCAUCGAGAUUGUUCGGUCGAACUAUCGCCAUUCUUACUGGAGCAUUCCACAAAUGAUAGCAUACCAGUCCUCAGGGGGUUGGGGUAUUAGUACAGGUGAUCUGGUGGCCAGUGGAACCAUUUCAUCUCCAGUGCCAGAGGUCAAGAAAGGACUAGGCACGUAUGGAUGUCUAUUAGAGAGCUUUGCGCAGAAACACGAGCUGCCCGCAAUUGCCGGCAAACCUAUGUCCUGGCUCGAGGAUGGCGAUGAACUCACCAUCCAAGGCUGGUUCAAGACGGCUGAUGGUAGAAGAUGUGGAUUUGGCAAAGUGUCGGGCGUCGUGGUGCCGGGUCCGUCGUGGCCUUCGUAG